UGCCGACUGGCUGAGUGGACAACCAGGGGAAGCAAAAUAGAAGAAGCUGGGAUCAUAUAAACACAACAAGGCACGCUUACCACCAUCGCCAACAGCUAUCUAGUACCCCCUGGCAUUGCUGUGCAGGAAGACAUGGAGAUGCUGAAGGGAGAUGUGCAUCUGCUGGUCUGGGUCACUGCAGCUGUUGUGCUGCUCACCUUCCUUCUCUUCUCUACUGGCCCUUUCUUUGUUGACUAUAUUCGGAAAUGGAAAAUUAUGAGGCCAAUUCCUGGAAUAGGCCCCAACUAUCCACUGGUGGGGGACGCACUUUUUUUGAAGUCAAGUGGUGAAGAUUUCUUUCUGCAAAUAAUUGAAUUCACCGAGAUACUGAGACACCUUCCACUGAUAAAACUUUGGAUUGGUCCCAUGCCUUUCUUGAUAGCAUAUCAUGCAGAAACCGUAGAGCCUAUACUGAGCACUUCAAAACACAUGGACAAAUCAUUUGCUUAUCAGUUCCUUCAUCCUUGGCUUGGUUUAGGUCUUCUAACAAGUACUGGAGAGAAGUGGCGAUCCAGAAGAAAGAUGAUAACACCUUCAUUCCACUUUGCUAUUCUCUCGGAAUUCCUAGAAGUUAUGAAUGAGCAGUCAAAAAUACUGGUGGAGAAGCUCCACAGCCGUGUAGGAAAAGGAUCUUUUAACUGCUUCAUGGACGUAACUCUUUGCGCUUUGGAUAUAAUAUGUGAGACAGCUAUGGGAAGAAAAAUUCAAGCACAGAGCAACAGUGAUUCAGAAUAUAUAAAAGCUAUUUAUGAAAUGAGUGAUUUAAUACAUCGCCGUCAAAAGAAGCCCUGGCUGUGGCCAGAUUUUAUUUACUCUCAUUUAAGAUCUGGAAAGAGACAUGCCAAGAACCUGAAAAUUCUCCAUACAUUUACUGAUCAGACCAUUUUAGAAAGAGCACAAGAACUAAAGAAUGCUAAUUCCAGUGUUGAACAAGUUGACAAGGACGGUGAAGAAACUAUGAAAACCAAGAAAAGAAGCGCUUUCUUAGAUUUGCUUUUGAAAGCAACUGAUGAGGCGGGCAACACAUUAAGCCAUAAGGACAUCCGUGAAGAAGUAGAUACAUUCAUGUUUGAGGGUCAUGACACCACAGCUGCUGCCCUUAACUGGUCUUUGUUUUUAAUGGGAUCUCAUCCUGAGGUUCAGGAAAAGGUACACAAAGAGCUCGAUGACACAUUUGGUCAGUCUGACCGUCCAGUAACAAUGGAUGAUAUGAAGAAGUUACGAUAUCUUGAAGCAGUUGUUAAAGAAGCUCUUCGACUUUACCCUUCAGUGCCAUUCUUUGCACGGACCACUACUGAAGAUUGCUUCAUUAGAGGUUUGACUGUACCAAAAGGGGUGAGUAUAGUUAUAGUGCCUUAUGCUCUGCAUCGGGAUCCAGAAUAUUUUCCUGAACCUGAAGAAUUUAAGCCAGAAAGAUUUCUCCCUGAAAAUGCAAGUGGACGUAAUCCGUAUGCCUACAUACCUUUCUCUGCUGGACUCAGGAAUUGCAUUGGCCAGCGAUUCGCUUUAAUGGAGGAAAAAGUGGUGCUAUCGGCUAUUUUGAGAAACUUUACUGUAAAAGCAAGCCGGAAACGUGAAGAUCUUUGUUUGGUGGGAGAACUCAUUCUUCGUCCACAAGAUGGCAUGUGGAUUGAGCUGGAGAAAAGAAUACCCAGCUCUGCUCAAUAAUCUUUAUGGGACAACUCCCAUUUGUGAACGAGGCACAUUUUUACCUUAAAUCUACAAGGGGGGCAUCACACACAGUUUUUGUGGCAGCUUUUCCUUCAGUCUUUUGAGCUAAAGGCACAAGUGGAUUCAAAAUAAAGCAGACAUAAAAAGGAAAUACUUGGACUAUGUAAUCAGAGGCUCCAUUCUGGACCUCCAUUGUAGAUUUUGUUCAAAUAACCUGACAAAUAACAUAGCAAGCAAUGUUCUUUUUGUCCAAUUAAAUUCUGUUAAAUGACGGACACCUUUUUGGAAUCCCAACGAACCCCGUUAAAGUCAGGGAGGUUUGUUGGGCUCCAUUGGUGUACAGUGUACAGUGAACCUGCCAGCUCCAUUUACUGCUAUGAACUGAGCCUUUGAUUAAGAUGUGAACCUAGCUCAAGGCUGGUGUCACACACUGACUGAAUUUUGUGGCAGUUUUUUAUUCAGUCUUUUGAGCCAAAGCUAGAAGUGGAUUCAGAGGGAAUUGUGAAAAAUAAUGGAAGGAUUUAAAGGAAAACGGUCACCCGCACUAUAGCUCGAUACACUGGGUUAUAGUGUACAUAUAGUGUCCUGUAGUGAACAGGAGACCGAUGCAGGGUCUCUGACUGCUGUACCUACCUGCAGUCUGGAGCCCCG